UAGUGGGCGGGGCAUCGGCAGGCUAGGUUCUCUCCGCGCAGCGCCAGUCGCAGAGGAAGAUGGCGCCGCGGAGGGUCAGGUCGUUUCUGCGCGGGCUCCCGGCGCUGCUACUGCUGCUGCUCUUCCUCGGGCCCUGGCCGGCGGCGAGCCACGGCGGCAAGUACUCGCGGGAGAAGAACCAGCCCAAGCCGUCCCCGAAACGCGAGUCCGGAGAGGAGUUCCGCAUGGAGAAGUUGAACCAGCUGUGGGAGAAGGCCCAGCGGCUGCAUCUUCCUCCCGUGAGGCUGGCCGAGCUCCACGCUGAUCUGAAGAUACAGGAGAGGGACGAACUCGCCUGGAAGAAACUAAAGCUUGAUGGCUUGGACGAAGAUGGGGAGAAGGAAGCGAGACUCAUACGCAACCUCAGUGUCAUCUUGGCCAAGUAUGGUCUGGACGGGAAGAAGGACGCUUGGCAGGUGACCAGCAACUCCCUCAGUGGCACCCAGGAAGAUGGGCUGGAUGACCCCAGGCUGGAAAAGCUGUGGCACAAGGCGAAGACCUCUGGGAAAUUCUCCAGCGAAGAACUGGACAAGCUCUGGCGGGAGUUCCUGCAUCACAAAGAGAAAGUUCACGAGUACAACGUCCUGCUGGAGACCCUGAGCAGGACCGAAGAAAUCCACGAGAACGUCAUUAGCCCCUCGGACCUGAGCAACAUCAAGGGCAACGUCCUGCACAGCAGGCACACGGAGCUGAAGGAGAAGCUGCGCAGCAUCAACCAGGGCCUGGACCGCCUGCGCAGGGUCAGCCACCAGGGCUACAGCACUGAGGCCGGUGAGUGCCCGCCGGGGACUGUUGGUUCCCGAGGGUGGGGCCGUCUCUGGUUGUGUUUUGGGGACAAGCAGGCAGGUGCUUGUAGCGACGGGAACCUGGGCCUGUGGACGCAGCGGAGACCCUCGGCGCGCUCAGUCUACCCAGGGGUGGUCACAGGCCUCGCUCCCAGGAGCUGCUCCAUGAAGGUCACUCGCCGUCCCCAGCCUUGUACCUGGAGACUAGCGGAGGGCAGUGGCGGUAGCGGGCCUGGGAGCAGCCCUUCCCAGCGUCUCCCCAGCCUCAGCAGCACGGCCCCUCCCAUGCUGCUGUUGGCCAAGAACAGAGACCACUUGUCAAACACAGCUCUGUCUCCAUCUCAUGCCACCCACACCGUCCAUCAGUCCCCUUCAGCCUGGCAGGGGCAGGACGCCCGCUGAGGCCACAGAGCUUGUGGCUCCAUCUCAGCAGCUCAUCUCCCUCCACUGCAGGCCCUCAGUGGCCAGGCUCUGCACCACUGCUUCUAGAAAGUAUGUUUUGUAGUCACCCAUCUGUCUGCCUUUUGAUUUUGGAUAGCCUGUCAGCUUUUUACUGGAUAGACCGCGUCAAUGGAGGAGAAAGUGUGAACUUACAGGAGUCUACUCUGAGGAAAUGUUCUCAGUGCUUAGAGAAGCUUGUAAAUGACUAUCGCCUGGUUCUUUUUGCAACGACACAAACUAUAAUGCAGAAAGCCUCGAACUCAUCAGAAGAACCUUCUCAUGCCUCUCGACGACUGUGUGAUGUGGACGUAGACUACAGACCUUAUCUCUGUAAGGCAUGGCAGCAACUGGUGAAGCACAGGAUGUUUUUCUCCAAACAAGAUGAUUCUCAAAGCAGCAACCAAUUUUCAUUAGUUUCACGUUGUUUAAAAAGUAACAGUUUAAAAAAACAUUUUUUUAUUAUUGGAGAAAGUGGGGUUGAAUUUUGUUGAUAUACAUCAUAAAAUAGUCUUUUGCAGGGUACUACGCAAGCCUUAAAAUUUUUCUUAAGACAGAGUCUUGCUCUGUCUCCCAGGCUGGAGUGCAGUGGCACAAUCAUGGCUCACUGCAGCCUUGAACUCCUGGCCUCAAGGGAUCCUCCUAUGUGUGCCUCCUGGAGUGCAGGGAUUACAGGCAUGAGCCACUGCUCGUGGCCAAAAGUUUUCUUUUUUUUUUUUUUUCUUUUUGAAACAGUCUUACUCUGUCUCCCAGGCUGCUGGAGUGCAGUGGCACAAUCUCGGCCCACUGCAGCCUCCGCCUCCUGGGUUCAAGUGAUUCUUCUGCCUCAGCCUCCCAGGUAGCUGGGAUUACAGGCACCCACCACCACGCCUGGCUAAUUUUUGUAUUUUUAGUAGAGACAGGGUUUCACCAUGUUGGCCAGGCUGGUCUCGAACUCCUGACCUCAAGUGAUCCACCCGCCUCAGCCUCCCAAAGUGCUGGGAUUACAGGCCCGUGCCCAGCCCUAAAGUUUUAAACUCUAGGGGAAUUAACAGUAUUUCUUUACAGAAUGGAUUUGUUAAACUAGCACAGUAAAAGUAAAGACUAUUCUGUUUCUAGGCUGUUGAAUCAAAGUGAUUUUAGCAAUUAAACUUUGUAUUAAGCUUGCUUUAAAAGGAAAUAAAUAAUAUAUACAUAUAUCUGCCUAAAUAAAAUGGACAUGUAUAACUUUGUGUCACA